ACUAAAAUAAUAAAACGGUGUUUUCCAACACUUUUAUACAUUCUAAUUACACGUAAACUUAAGAACUCUCCGGGAAAACCAGGAAAUAUCUAUAACUAUGAGAUUCAGAGACUUGAUAGCGGUAUUGAUGGUCCUGACAGUGGCCAGGGCGUCGGCCGACAAGCUGUCACCCCCGCCCUGCCGGGCCUGCAGCCAGCUCGUGGGGUCCUUUAAGGCAGGACUUGAGCGCACCAAACGAGGACACGGGGGAGGGGACACGGCCUGGGAGGAGGAGAAACUCCGCUCCUAUAAGAACAGCGAGGUGCGACUUGUGGAGAUCCAGGAGAAGCUCUGCUCCGACGCCUCGGUCACCAACAAGGAUCACUGCCACAACCUGGCCAACGAGCACGAGGCACUCAUCGAGGACUGGUUCACCCACAAGCAGACGGAGCAGCCGGACAUUCAUGCCUGGCUUUGCGUGGAGCAGCUGCGAGUGUGCUGUCCUCCGGACACCUAUGGUCCCAAUUGUGACCCCUGUCCAGACUGCAACGGAAACGGCAAAUGCAAGGGAGCGGGGACGCGGAAGGGCAACGGCAAAUGCCUGUGCGACACCGGAUACACUGGAAGCAAUUGCAACGAGUGCGGCCCGCAGCACUUUGAGUCUUUCCGCGACGAAAAGAAGCUUCUAUGCACACAAUGCCACGCGGCAUGCGGUGAGGGCGGCUGCACCGGGGCUGGCCCCAAAAGCUGCCGCAAGUGCAAGGAGGGCUGGCGCAUGGACACGGAGUCCGGCUGCGUAGAUGUCAACGAGUGCCUGGAACAGCAACGCCCGAACGCCUGCCGCGAGCAGCAGUUCUGCGUGAACAACGAGGGCUCCUUCACUUGCCUCGAGUGCGACCGAUCCUGCAACGGCUGCGACGGAGACGGCCCGGACAUGUGCAAGAAAUGCGCCGACGGGUACCAGCUCAAGGACGGAAAGUGCCACGACCUGUCCUCGGAGCAACGCGAUUCGUACGUGAGCAUGACGCGCCUGCUCACAUACCUCGGCAUGUGCGUGGCCACCUGUGUCAUCUUCAACAGUUCCGCCCACAUCGCAUGGGGCUGCAUUGUGGGCGCGGCUGUGGCCGUGUACAUCGCCACCUCCGAGUACUGGCUCAACACGGCGCCGGAGGGUGGCCGCCAGCCGGAGAUCGACACGAAACAGUUGGAGGAGCUGAUCAUGAAGUCGUUAUAAGAUCGCAAAGUUCGGGACGCAGCGUGUUGGGCAGCAUCAGUAUUUUUGAUUAAGCACAAGCGAAAAAUUGCGCACAAGCAUUCCUAAAACGAUCUUCUGUAUUUUGUUUGCAGUCGGCAACGAGGAGGCGGCUUCCACGUCCCCGCACGAGGAACUCUAGAGAGGUUGCUGCGGCACGGAGAGCCCUGCCAGGGUCACCUUUUGUAGUCAAUUUUAGUUUAAUUAGGCACUAAUAUUACCAAUUUGUAAGCGAUUAUGAUUUGCCAAAUGUAUGUGAAAAAUUUUGUUAUGUAAAGGA